AUGGCGUCGUCGGCGGAGUCGUCGGCGGCCAGCGGCAUGCGGAAGGCGCCGUCGCUGGAGUGGCGCUGGGUGUCCACGGAGGAGGAGGACGACGAGGGCCGCGGCGGGCGCGGGGGCGCCGCGGCGGUCGGGGCGGUGGGCAGGGGCGGCAGCUUCGAGUCGGAGGACGAGGAGGACGCCGAGGACGAGGAAGAGCGGGAGGGGAAGAAGAGGCUGAUCCGGACCGUGCCGUCCGUGGACUGGUUCGACGUCGAGGGCAACGAGGUCUCCGUCGGGCAGCCGGUCGAAGACACCGAGGAGUUUGAUUUUGGCAGGACGGUGUUUCUUGCUCUUCAGACUCUUGCUGUGGUGUUUGGGGAUAUUGGAAUUGGUCCAUUAUAUACAUUUGAUGUCAUGUUUAACAAGUACCCUAUUCAAGGAGAGGAGGAUGUCCUUGGAGCUCUCUCACUUGUUCUGUAUACUCUGAUUUUGAUGCCAUUAAUGAAAUAUGUUUUGGUUGUCCUUUGGGCCAAUGAUGACGGUGAAGGGGGUAUAUUUGCCUUGUAUUCUUUGAUUUGUAGAAAUGCAAAAGUGAGUCUCAUUCCAAACCAAGUACAUUCUGAGAAGAGGAUGUCAAGUUUUCGACUCAAGCUUCCAACACCAGAACUUGAGAGAUCCAUAAAAGUAAAAGAGAAACUUGAAUCAUCAUUGUUGUUAAAGAAGUUGCUCUUAGGCUUAGUGUUGUUUGGGACUUCCAUGUUCAUAUCAAAUGGAGUUAUCACGCCAGCAAUGUCAGUGUUGUCUGCUGUCAGUGGCUUGAAAGUCGGGAUACGAAAUACCUCUCAAGAUGUUGUGGUGAUGAUUUCAGUUGCACUUCUUGUAAUAUUGUUUAGUGUACAGAGGUAUGCCACUAGCAAAGUAGGGUUUGCACUUGGCCCUUCUUUACUUGUAUGGUUUUGUUGUCUUGGAGGAAUUGGCAUAUACAAUCUCAGUCUAUAUGGGCCAGCAGCUUUUAAGGCAUUUAAUCCUCUCUACAUCAUUUAUUAUUUUGGGAGGAAUCCUUUUCAGGCUUGGCUGUCCCUUGGUGGGUGUCUUUUAUGUGCAACAGGAUCUGAGGCCAUCUUUUCGAAUCUUUGUCACUUUCCUGUAAGAUAUGUUCAGUAUAUGUUUGUGCUUCUUGUUCUUCCUUGCCUUGUCUUGGCAUAUCUAGGACAAGCUGCUUUUCUUAUUGCCAACCCAAAGUCAUCCGAGCAGGUCUUCUUUUCAUCGAUUCCAAUUGGAGUUUUCUGGCCUGUUUUCUUAGUGGCAAAUUUGGCUGCACUAAUUGCCAGUAGGACAAUGACUGUUGCUAUAUUCCAGUGCCUAAAACAGUCUAUAUCACUUGGUUGUUUUCCUCGGCUGAAAAUUGUUCAUACAUCUCGCAAAUUUAUGGCUAAGAUCUAUAUUCCUGUUGUAAACUGGCUCCUAUUGGUUUCCUGCAUGGGCUUUAUCGUUCUGUUCAGAAGCAUAUAUGAUGUUGGCAAUGCAUAUGCUAUAGCGGAGCUUGGCGUGAUGAUAAUGGCCACUGUUUAUGUUACAAUCAUAAUGCUUCUAAUAUGGGAGUCCAAUAUUGUUAAGGUUCUGUCAUUUGUUAUCACAUUCCUCUUCUUGGAGCUGAUUUUCUUCUCCUCAGCUCUGAGUAGUGUUGGAGAUGGAGGUUGGGCACUGUUGAUGUUUGCAUCUGUUCUAUUCAUGAUUAUGUUUAUAUGGAACUAUGGGAGCAAACUGAAGUAUGACAGUGAAGUCAAGCAGAAGCUUUCAAAGGAUUUAAUGAGAAAGUUGGGGCCCAACCUUGGUACCAUCAGAGCUCCUGGACUAGGCUUAGUCUGCAGUGAUAUUGUGAAAGGAGUUCCUGCAAUUUUCGGUCAUUUUCUGACCUCCCUUCCUGCGAUACACUCUAUAAUAGUGUUUGUCUGUAUCAGGAAUGUGCCGGUUCCUGUGGUUCCCCAAAGUGAAAGGUUUCUUUUCCAACGUGUAUGCUCAAGGGGCUAUCACAUGUUCCGCUGUAUAGCCAGAUACGGGUACAAAGACAAGAAGCAGGAGCACCACAGUGUAUUUGAACGUCUCCUAAUAGAAGGCCUUGAAAAAUUCAUACAAAGGGAGGCAGUAGAGUUAUCCCUACAAAGUGAAGACGAUGUCGACUCCGAUGAAGAGCCUCCGACCCCUGUGAAGAUCAUCACAGCGCCAAACGGCAGCCUCUACUCCCUCGAUGUCCCUCUACUGGCAGACUACGCACCUUCAACAGAAGUCAUUCCUGAAGCCAGCUGCUCAACACCUCAGCAGGAUCCUGUACUGGACUACGCACAGAACCUUGAACUGGAGCUGGCAUUCAUCAAGCAGUCGAAGCAGUCUGGCGCCGUCUAUCUCAUCGACAACCCCAUCAUCAAGGCCAGGAAGGACUCGUGGUUCUUCAAGAAGCUGAUGAUAAACUAUUUCUUCGCAUUCCUGAGGAACAACUGCCUCCGGGCGAUCAUGUUGAUGAGCAUCCCACACUCGAACAUGAUGCAGGUGCGCAUGACUUCUUAUGUCUAAAUGCCGGGGCAGCACUGGUGGCGUUGUUGAUGGCUGUCUGAUAGAUACCACAGUGACCGGAAGAGGGUAACAGUGUAGGUGGAGUGUUGGAUGGCCAGUGUCCAAAGACGAUACAUGCACUCUUGGACUUGUUCAGCAAGAGAUGACUUCAGUUCGGUUGUUGUAGGGAUCAAUCUCCCGUGUAGCUUUUGUACAAUGCCAGGAUGUGGCUGAAAGUGUUAGCAGGCACAUUACACGGUGGUGUAUUAACCCGUUUUUUUCCUUUACCCUCUUUUGAAGCAGAGAAUCUUUUUUCCUCUCUCGAUUUUGUUAUAGAUAAGAUCUUUUUGGUAUUUGUGAGAUACUGGUGAAAAAUGGCCAUUUGUAAUUAUAUUUGCCUAGAGAAGUACUCUUUUGCUAUUUGCAAGGAAGUGUAUUUUUGCCUACA